GAUCAACGUCACCGGUGCAUAAAAUAAGAACAGAAGAUGUUAAACAAGUUUUAGAAAAAUAAACAAAACUGUAUUUCCUCUAGGAUUCAACCUCCAUAUAUGAGCCCAGUGAGACGGGAGCUUAGCUGUCCAUGGGGAAAUGGUGAAAGAUAGGAUGGUCGUGGGCGACUUGAGCAUGUAUAGCCCAAUCCUGGCCUGCUGGCAGCCAAUCCUGAUCUUGAUGUUGGGUUCCAUCCUUUCAGGCUCCGCCACGGGCUGCCCGCCCCGCUGUGACUGUUCUGCCCAGGAACGCUCCGUGCUCUGUCACCGGAAGCGCUUCUUGACCGUCCCCGAGGGGAUUCCUACCGAGACCAAACUUUUGGACCUGGGGAAGAACCGUAUCAAGACUCUCAACCAGGAUGAGUUUGCCAAUUAUCCUCACUUGGAGGAGCUGGAGCUAAACGAGAACAUUAUCAGUGCCAUCGAGCCGGGAGCUUUCAACAAUCUUUUCAACCUCAGGACUCUCGGUCUCAGGAGUAACCGGCUCAAACUCAUCCCUCUCGGGGUGUUCACCGGACUCAGCAACCUGACCAAGUUGGACAUUAGUGAGAAUAAAAUUGUGAUCCUCCUGGAUUAUAUGUUCCAGGAUUUAUACAACCUCAAGUCUUUGGAGGUUGGGGAUAAUGACCUGGUCUAUAUAUCCCACCGGGCCUUUAGUGGCCUCAACAGCUUAGAGCAGCUGACGUUGGAAAAAUGCAAUUUGACUACCAUCCCUACGGAAGCCCUUUCUCACUUGCACGGCUUAAUUGUGCUCCGGUUGCGUCACCUGAACAUCAACGCCAUCAGGGAUUACUCCUUUCGGAGGCUCUAUAGACUCAAGGUCCUCGAAAUUUCACACUGGCCCUAUUUAGAUACCAUGACGUCCAACUGCUUGUACGGACUGAACUUGACGUCCCUGUCCAUCACCCACUGUAACUUGACCUCCAUCCCUUACGUCUCCUUGAGGCACUUGGUCUAUCUCAGGUUCCUGAACCUGUCCUACAAUCCCAUCUCCACCAUCGAAGGGUCCAUGCUCCAUGACCUCCUCAGGCUUCAAGAGAUCCAGCUGGUGGGCGGCCAGCUCACUGUGGUGGAACCGUACGCUUUUCGGGGCCUGAACUACCUGCGCAUCUUGAACGUUUCGGGGAAUCUCCUGAACACCUUGGAAGAGUCAGCCUUCCACUCUGUGGGGAACCUGGAGACGCUCAUCAUAGACAACAACCCCUUGGCCUGUGACUGUCGGCUCCUCUGGAUUUUCCGCCGUCGCUGGAGGCUAAACUUCAACAAACGACAACCCACCUGUGCAACCCCGGAAUUUGUCCAGGGGAAAGAGUUCAAGGACUUCUCCGAGGCUCUGCUGCCCAACUACUUCAUCUGCCGCCGGUCUCGGAUACGGGACCGCAAACCUCAGCAGAUCUUUGUGGACGAGGGCCACACGGUGCAGUUCAUCUGCCGGGCGGAUGGAGACCCACCUCCCGCCAUCAUGUGGCUCUCCCCAAGGAAGCACCUCAUUUCUACCAAAACCAACGGCCGGCUCACCGUCUUCCCCGAUGGGACUCUGGAGGUCCGCUACGCCCAGAUCCAAGACAAUGGCACCUACCUAUGCAUCGCCAGCAACGCCGGCGGCAACGACACCAUGCUGGCCCACCUGCACGUCCGCAGCUACUCCCCGGAUUGGCCCCACCAGCCCAACAAGACCUUUGCUUUCAUCUCGAACCAGCCCAACGAGAGUGAUGCCAACAGCACGCGCGCCACCGUGCCUUUCCCCUUUGACAUCAAGACCCUAAUCAUUGCCACCACCAUGGGCUUCAUCUCCUUCCUGGGGGUCGUGCUCUUCUGCCUGGUGCUUCUUUUCCUCUGGAGCCGGGGCAAAGGCAAUACCAAGCACAACAUUGAGAUCGAAUACGUCCCACGCAAGUCGGACGCGGGCAUCAGCUCGGCCGCUGACGCGCCACGCAAGUUCAAUAUGAAAAUGAUCUAAUGGGGUUUUGUGGGGGGGGAAGCAAUCGACAAAACUUGAUAAAGAGGGGUUGUUGUGUUGUUGUUUUUUUUAAAACAAGAGAGAAAAUACUAAUAAUAAAGACAAAGAGUACAACAAACAUACCAACCUCUCUUCUCUCCACCAAGCUCCUCUGGCCUCCCCGUUCUGUUUCCCGUAAAACCCGCAUCACUUUCUUCCUUGUCCUCUUUGUGAAAACCGUUUGGCUGACGUCUCCAGAACUUCCUGUGUUUGUAGGAUCUACUCCAACAGACUCCGGUGCCAAUCCUAAUGAGAACGGGAAAUUUCAACAAAAUCAAAACAACAAUCAAUAGAAAGUUACGAACUUCUUCUGUAACUUUUGGUUUCAAUAAGUAUGGAUUUUUAUGAAAAGUUGAAAUAAUAAUAAAAAAAAACCUAUUUCCUAUA